AUGGCCGUCGCUGGAAAGCGCCGUUUUGGUGUGUUGGCAGCGUACCUGGUGGUGCUGGGGCCGGCCUUCUGCCACAUCAAGUGGCAGCAAGUUACAACAGCAAGGCGUACUUGUUUGCAUGCUUCCUCCGAGACAGCAGAGGCCCUGGAGAUCUUUGGCCUAGAAUCAGUGCCAAGCUUUGAGGAGUUGCGGCGAUCUUUUCGUAGGUUGGCGGCGAAGACACAUCCAGAUGUCAGCGGAUCUGCGGACUCCUUUCGCAGAGUUGUAGACGCGUAUCGACAUCUUCAGAGUGUUGAUCCUGGUACAGGAAAAGAUGCGGUUGAUGAAUUCUUGAAAGAUUGGCUGGAAGAAAGUCCUGUGCCUGGGUGGGGCGACUUCGGACAGAUUGAGAGAGACACAGACGAUGACGGCAUGAUGCAGCAACCGAGGGUGGCGUGCAGGAAGGCGAUGUGGUGA